AUGAGCUGGGGACGGAGGUAUCAUGAUUCGUGCUCUCUCCGCUACACGCGUUUCGAGUCGAUCACGUCUGACGAGUUAGAUGCCUUGGAGAAGGCCAGUUAUCAUCAACACGCUGCAACGCCUGCGGACGAUGCGCAACCGCCUUGGAUACCCAGACUUGGAAACCUCGGCGUACGAAACAGGAUUGAUGUAUCUAUCACUCCUGUUAACCACUUAGCUUAG